AUGAAGCUCUACGCACUCUUAUCCAUCCUCAUUGGCGCCGCUAGUGUCUCUGGCCAGUUGACAGCACCCACUCGAAACUAUAAUGUCACUAGCCCUGUCAGCAAUGGACCAUAUGUGAUCGGCCAGAUUUUGCCUUGUACUUACCGUCUCUUUUCAGACGUCGAUAGUUCAGCUCUAAACUUGCAGGUUACAUUGGAACCUACUGCACUUCCAUCUAAUGGAUCGCUUCUAAUUUCUGCCAAUGCUGAUGUGACCAAGACAGAUGCUUUUAUCAAAAGAGAUGGAAAUCUCACUUACUAUGAGCAUUCUAUCAACUUCAACAUCCCUUCUACAGUGAAGCCUGGUAACUACAAGGUUGUCUUCCUUGACAAGUCUACAAACACCCAGCUCCCUGUCCCUAUCGAGGUCCGUCCUCCUGCCGUAUCCACAUCCUCACUUGCCAAAGCAUCUGCAACCAGUAUUCCCGGCCAGACCCAAUCAACUGGCAGCAUAUUUACCAAGAGCUCAGAUUCUACUAUGAACUAUCCUGGAUUGAUAACUGUACUUCUCCUCGUUUCCGUUACUAUGUCUGCAAUGGCUAUUGUUCUGUAA